AUGAAUAUCAGCCAAUUUUACAAAAACAUCAGCGAUGCUGUUUCCUUAACAUCAAGAAACGGAAUGAAAAACGAGUCAUUUCUUGCACCCUACACGAAAACCGGCUCACGAGGAGUAUUUGAUGUAAUAAUUGGUGUUAUAUUUAUCAUUCUCUGUCUGACGGGAAUAAUGGGCAAUUCUCUUACGUUCCGAGUUAUCUGGAAGACUGAAACACUUCACUCGACAACAAAUUUUCUUUUCGCGAAUCUCGCACUGUCAGACUUUUUGACUUUGGUGUUCGGGAUCCCGAAUGCUGUCGCACUUGAAGUUGGCAACCAUCCCGAAGGUUUGUUAGGAACUUGGCUUUGUAAGUUUGUAACGGCUGGGAACGAGAUUGGUAUCAUGAGCACAUCAUCGGUGCUUACACUUUGUUUACUUGCUGUUGAGCGAUACAACGCGAUUGUAAAACCAAUGGCAACGAACAGACGCUUAACCACUAGUAAUACAAAAUAUGCUUUGACUUUGAUUUGGAUUUUAGCGACCAUUCUUAACAUUCCUCUUUUUGUACGAAGUGCGUUCAAUGACAAAAAGGGCUUUUGCGAUUACGGCUGGAGCUUAAAGCAGGAGCUAACGUAUAUCUUCGUUCUCGGGUUUUUGUUGGUCGUUAUUCCUUCAGUGAUCAUAAUUUUCUGUUACGUGGCUAUCAUCAAAGAGAUGUAUUUUUCAAACUCAGUGAAUCCCAACCCUACAACCCAAGACGAGGACGCUCGCAGUAGACGCAAGAUUCUAAUCAUCCUUUUGGUAGUUACCACAUUAUUCUUGGUUUGUUUCGGAGCGUUUUCGAUUACUUGGCCACUGAAGAUCUCGGGAGUGGCGAGUCAGUCUGCAUACAAUCUCUCUGUUCAGUGUCUAUUCGUGCAGUCUUGUAUCAAUCCGAUUAUUUACGCUUUUCAAAGUACAAACUAUAGAAGAGCUUUGAUAAAUCUUUUAAAGUGCUGUAGAGAUGUACCAGAAUUCGAACAACGUUCAAGCAACAACAUUCGCAUGGCAGAAACCUCUCUACCGCAGAACUUGUGA